GGUGCCUCGACGACGACGUGGGGCAGAAUGGAGGUGGCCCUGGCUGGCCUCUGUGCUAUCCUGCUCUGCUGUGGGCCCACACUGGCCUGCUGCCGCCGGGUGACUAUCUUCCCAUCAGUGUUAACUUUCCAUGAAGGUGGCAUAGCCACCUUCUCCUGCAAUAAAUCCAUGGAGAGUGACUCUGGCUCAGAGUACAGCCUCAACUGGUACAAGGACACCAACCACAGCCAAGCCCAAAAAAUAGCUGAGAUCAGCCCAAACAACCCCAGGAUGGAGACAGAGAAGUACCGGCUCACCAACCACACUCCUGUCUUCAAGAUUGAGAUCCGGAACCUCCACCAAAAUGACUCAGGCUCCUACUACUGUGGACUGAUCACCUUCUUUGAACCCAAUAAAUUCCUUUUGAUGGAGAGCAACCGGUCCCAGCUGAUGGUCACAGCAGCCCCUGAGAUGAAUCCCACUGAGGAGCCAGAGAUAGAGGAAGGCAACCCCUCAGACCACAUCAAGGCCAUGCUCCUGGGCAUCCUGCUUCUGGCCGGGGUGAUUCUGCUGCUGAUCUUUGGCUACCUCACCAUCACAUACAGGAGAGGAGAUGUGCAGAAACCAUCAAGUGAAAACAUGCCAGCGAAGGAAGAGAAGCCCCCUGUGGUGUCCGUAUCCACUGUGGACUAUGGUGUGCUGGAGUUUCAGAGGGAUCAGUGCACCCAGGUGCCCCCCAAGACCCAGCCAGCUGACCAGACAGAAUAUGCCACUAUCAUCUUCCCAGAGGAGAAACCCGUCACGCCGGAGCGGGGCAAGAAACGUCAGGAUGAGAGGACUCGACAUCUGUGCUCACAGCCCUGCUGA